UGUUUACCAGAAGAGCGUAGCAAGGGCAGGUCUGACUGCAAGGCUGGGAACGGAAGGCUGAGCCGCCGCCAAGGGGACCCCGGCUGGACCCUGGUUGGUCAGUCACCUGCGGGACGGAGGAGGUGAGGGAGGAUGCUGUUGGCCUGGGUGCAAACGAUCCUCGUCAGCAACAUGCUCCUGGCAGAAGCCUAUGGAUCUGGAGGCUGCUUCUGGGACAACGGCCACCUGUACCGGGCGGACCAGCCCUUCCCCGCGCCGGGCCUCCGCUGCCUCAACUGGUUGGACGUGCAGAGCGGCCUGGCACCUGCCCCCAAGUCUGGCGCCGGUAACCACAGUUACUGCCGGAACCCGGACCAGGACCCGCGCGGGCCCUGGUGCUACGUGAGCGGCGAGACCGGCGCACCCGAGAAGCGGCCUUGCGAGGACCUGCACUGUCCAGAGACCACUUCCCAGGGCCCGCCAACCUUUACAACAGAAACCAAGGAGACGUCUGAAGUGCUCAGAGGAGACGAGGUGCAGGUGUUUGCCCCCGCCAACACCCUGCCUGCCCGGAGCGAGGCAGCAGCCGUGCAGCCAGUAAUUGGGAUCAGCCAGCGGGUGCGAGUGAACCCCAAGGAGAAAAAGGACCUGGGAACCCUGGGCUAUGUGCUGGGUGUUACCAUGAUGGUGAUCAUCAUCGCCAUUGGAGCUGGCAUUGUCCUCGGUUACACCUACAAGAGGGGCAAGGAUCUGAAAGAGCAGCAUGAGCAGAAAGUGUGUGAGAGGGAGAUGCAGCGAAUCACCCUGCCCUCGUCUGCCUUCACCAACCCCACCUGUGAGCUUGUGGACGAGAGGACCGUGGUGGUCCACGCCAGCCAGACUCCGGUCGGCCUUCAGGAGGGCAGUGCCCCUCUCAUGGGCCAGGCAGGCACUCCAGGCGCCUGAGCCCCCGACCCUGGGCAGGAGCCCACACAGACACUGGUGCAGGACCACCUACCCUCCUGUGGCUGGGAGGAUCGACACUAUCUGUUGUGGUUAAAACCCCUCACUUUUUUUUUUUUUUUUUUGGUCCAUUUGUUUUUGGUGAAUCCUAAGACAGAAGCAGGGGCACUGUGGGCUGGAGUGAAGCUGGGUAGGGUCCUGCCAGGGCUCUACCUCCACCCCUUGGAGUAGGGUUUUGCCUGUGGAUGAAGACAGCGGCGGCCCCCACUGCAGUGCUGCUGACAGGGGCUCCCAGACGUUGCCUUGCCCCGGAACUGAACCAGGGACAGACAGGGAGCUCCCCCAGCUCCCCUGUGCUUCAUUGUCCAAGACGGCCUCAGCCUCAGCCUCAGCCUCUGCCGUUGUCCUCCGUGGGCUUGAGUGGCACACACUGUUAGCUUGAGUGGCACACACUGUUAGUCAUAGUUCAGGUCAAGUCAGUCAUGAGGCAGCAUUUUAAAAGUAUAUUUAGUUUUUUUAAUAUUUGGGAUGCAAUUCCCUACUGACCUCUGAGAAACGAGUCUGUAUGAAAGUCAGAACUGUGGGUUGAGGAUGGGGUUGAGGUGGGGUGGGGGGCUGUUGACAGUGAUGUGCCUUGACAACCCUGGGCCAGGUGCAGGCCCAGGGACUCUUCCUGUUUUGAGAGGAAAGGAAGGGAAGAAUCGCACUGAACAUUCCACAGAGGAAGAGGGUGGAGAAGGACCCGCAACUGCCUCAGGCCAUGGGGCUGUAGUGGACCUGGGGUGCCCCAGACAGUAUCUAUUCAGGGUGGACCGUGGCCCCUGCAUUUUUCAGGGGUGAAACAGCAGCCAGUGGACCUACCAGAAUUACACUGUGGGCGGGGCCUUGUGAGCUGCAGCCGAAGAGAGGUUGACCUGGAAACCAGCUGAGGCAGGUGACAGAUGCUUCAGGGCUUGUCCCUGCAGUGGUCUGGGUCUGCAGGUGUCUGUGGCCUCCAGGCCAGCGCCUUCCUGUGGGGUAGUAGGGCUAGGGUCACAGCCCCUAACUUGUAAAGCAAUCAGAGAACCAUUGGAAGGGACCUUAGGGUUCCUCAAGCCUUUUGGACAGAGGGGCUUAGUGGGGGAAAGUGAUGCUUAGGGUCAUAGGGGAAGUGCUGGUGCAGCCGAGAGGAGGGUAGUGUUUCCCCAGGCACCUGCCACACUGUUCCUGUGGCUUGGCAGGGCCUCCAAGCCCUGAUGUCACACUUGGAGGCCUUAGCAGUGCUCCCUGUCCAUAGACCUUUCUUCCCAAAGCCCUUCCAACUGCCUGAUGUGGAGAGGCGGUUAAUGGGACCCAGUCUCAGCAGGCUGUUCCUGGGAGCAAUUUGCUGAGGGGACCUAGGCCUCAGGGGGUCCCUUAGUGGCAGCGAUGCAGAAGGGAACAUUACUGGUUUCUACUUUUCUAUAAAAGCACUUCUCUGUGUACAUGUUUUAUAUACCUCAUUCUGACACCUGCAUAUAAAGUGCAGGAAAUGGCUCUGCAUUUGACUUACAGAAAUAAAUUUGGGGAAAAAAAAAGA